UUCACACAUUCAUCAUCGUCUGCUUUAUGUGUUAUAUGCCUUUCCAUAUCCCUAUAUAUACAUGAAAUUAUGAUAAAGAGGGAUUCAUAGAGUGGGAGAGAUAAAGGACAAGAAGAGGCGUUGAUACAAAGCACAAUGAGCAAGUGGAUACCAGCGCGGGAGCUUACUAUUACCUGGAUAAAUGACCAACGAUACUGGGGAUGGACUCAACCUCCAGAUUGCAGCAGAACUGAGGUGGCCGAGCUCCGAAAUGUAUGUUGGCUUGAUAUUAUGGGGAAGAUAGAUGUAAGAAAGUUGGCUACAUAUACAGGUUAUAGUGCUUAUCUUGUGUUCAAGCUCAAAGACGGGUGGUCGAAGGAGCUCAAGCAAGUCAAAUCAUCAGUUAGGUUUGUUAAGGACAAAUAUGUUGGUUUUGAAGAUGAGGGCGUCGCUGUGUUCCUAUUCCUAGAAGAUAAAAAGGAAGUUCAAGCAUACGAACAGGUUCCACACCGUCGUGAAGAUAAAUGGAUGGAGAUUAAACUUGGAGAGUUCGUCAAUGAAAAGGGAGAUGAAGGUACAGUGGAAAUGCGACUUUUUGAGACAAAGAGACUUCGCUGGAAGUCUGGUCUUCUUGUCAAAGGAAUUGAAGUUCGCCCGAUUUAAUAGAACAAGUAUUUGUCCUAAAAUGAUGCUCUCUACUGUUAUGAAUAAAACUUACGAGUGUCUAAUUAGCAGA